CUCCUAGGGGCCCUCGGAUGGCGCUGCGAAGAACGAUCGCGGCGAAGCCCGCAGCUACAGCCCGCCGCACCUGCCGAGGCCCCAAGCGGCCCCGGCUGGAGUCCCUGCGGGUCUCGGAUCUCCAACCACCUCCGCUCCCCACCCAGGCCUAGUCCUCGCCCCCAGCUAGGCCCGCCGCGCUCCCUCCCCACAGACCCGGCCCGACGCCCUCGGCCCCCUCCCUCAAAGGCCCGCGCCUCCCGCCGCCCGCCAACUCCGGGUACCCCAAACUCAACCGACCCCCUCCCCGCCUCAGCGCCGUCCCCGAGCCCUCUUCCGGCCCAGCCGGCCCCCGGCCGCGCGCCCCCGUUACCGGGAAUAUGGCGGCGGCGGCGGCGAGUCCGGACUAGGCCCGAAGCGCGCGAACCGCUCUCUGCCCCAGGUCCCCCGCCGCCGGCGUCACACGCACAGUCACUUCCGCCAUACGCGAGGACGCAUCUUCCGGCUCAGGUCCUCAGAGCUGCUGUCUGCGGGACUGGUGCCCGGAAGUUCCCGGAAGUGGCCGGGCCUCUGGCUUCUGAUGCGGGUCGGGUAAAAUGGCGGUGGCUGCUGUGUUCCCGGCCCUUCCGCGGGUGCUUGCUCUGUCAAGACGCCACCUAGUGUCUCCUUCACUCAGAGUGACAUCAUUCAGACGCUGCUACAGAGGUGACAGCCCAACAGAUUCCCAGAAGGACAUGAUUGAAAUCCCUUUGCCUCCAUGGCAGGAGCGAACUGAUGAAUCCAUAGAAACCAAAAGGGCCCGGCUGCUCUAUGAGAGCAGGAAGAGGGGGAUGCUGGAAAACUGCAUCCUUCUCAGCCUCUUCGCUAAGGCACAUCUGCACCACAUGACAGAGAAACAACUGAACCUCUACGAUCGCCUGAUUAAUGAACCCAGUAAUGACUGGGAUAUUUACUACUGGGCUACAGAGGCAAAGCCAGCCCCAGAAAUAUUUGAAAACGAAGUCAUGGCCCUGCUGAGAGACUUUGCUAAGAACAAAAACAGAGAGCAGCGACUGCGGGCCCCAGAUCUCGAAUACCUCUUCGAAAAGCCACAUUGAGCUGAGGGCCACUGCCUGCCUGGCCUCGGUCUGCGGAUGCUUACUGCUUAUGACGGGUAUUGGCCUUGAUGUCCUGCUUCUCCUUAGACACUCAGCCCACCCAGACCAUUGGUCCUGCCUCCAAUGAUGGACCCGCCUCUCUCCUGAGGACAUGUAAAUGUUCAGUGUAUCUCAUUCUAAGACCUUGUGGUUCCAUUCUAAGCCUCAGAGCGGUUUGUCUAAGUUACCGGUGUUCGGGCCCAACUUUUCUCUGGCUCCACAGGAGGGCACUGUAGGGAAGCGAUUGGGCCAGCUCGUUGCUUCAGCCAGAAGUGAACUCAGUGCAGAGGGGCGGCCAGCUCUCUGGG